AUGCGACCCCAUCGUGCUGCAAUCUCUGACAAUCUCAAUUUCUUACAACAGCUUGGACUGAAGAUUAGUGAAGACGUUCGUCCAUCGGAUAUCAAAUCAGAAGAGCAAGGCAUCACCGUGACAUGGGAGCAAGACGGCCAUCAGAGCUUCUAUCCCUGGCACUUCGUCAAACAUUACUUGCAGAAUGACCACCGUUGUCCGGAAAAGGUCAACUACCAACUCUGGGGCUCCGACAUUGGCAGCAGGCGCCCCGUCGUAGACUACAACCAGCUCAUGGCCUCGGAGGAUGAAUCGGGAAUCGCAAAGUUGACGAACCUCAUCCGAGAAUACGGGUUCGCCUUCGUCGACAAGACCCCAUUCCGCACUCCUGAGUCGACGCAGCGCGUGCUGGAAAGGAUUGCCUUCAUCCGUGAGACGCACUACGGCGGAUUUUACGACUUCAUCCCCGACCUCGCUAUGGCCGACACGGCAUACACCAACAUCGCCCUCCCGGCCCACACAGAUACGACUUACUUCACAGACCCGGCCGGGUUGCAGGCCUUCCACAUGCUCUCCCACGAGGCCCCGCCAGGACAAGCACUGCCCAAGGACGGCAAGCUGGGAGGAGAGUCGCUGCUCGUCGACUCUUUCCAUGCGGCACGGAUCUUGCUGAAAGAGGACCCCAAGGCGUAUGAAAUUCUUUCAAAGGUGCGCCUGCCGUGGCAUGCAAGCGGCAACCAGGGCAUCACGAUAUCCCCGGACAAGCGGUAUCCCGUACUCGAGGUCGACGAGGAGACGGGCGAGCUGCAACGGGUGCGGUGGAAUAACGACGACCGGGGCGUUGUGCCCUUCACCAAGCAUGCUUCCCCGACCGAGUGGUAUGCGGCAGCUCGCAAGUGGAAUGCCAUCCUCCGAAGGCGUGAUGUCGAGUAUUGGGUGCAGUUGGAGCCCGGCCAGGUUCUGAUCUUUGACAAUUGGCGAGUGAUGCACGGCCGAAGCGCAUUCGAGGGAAGAAGGCGCAUCGCCGGUGCCUACAUUAACCGAGACGACUUCAUCUCACGCUGGAGAAACACAAACUUCCCCCGCGAGCAUAUCCUAAAUCAGGUUGUCGGCUGA